AGCCUGGGGCGGGACGCGGGCUAGGAAGGAGCUCGGUGCGCUGGCUGCCGGAGGGUGAUGGCCCUGCAGGGCAGCGGGUUCCGACUUUACCCGCCGUCAGCGGCGAGAAAGUGGCCCAGAGACCGCGGUCUGGGAGAGCGCUGAGCACCCAUCCAGAGCACGCUCGCUCUUUACUCAUUCCGCUCCCACGGACUGAGGAAGACCACGAUUCGCUCUCGCUUUCGCUCCCCCAGAUCAUGAGCUCAGUUCCCGGGACUGCGCGCCGAAAAAGAAGUUCGCCCAACUUGGACUUUAUGACCUUUCCAAGCUGUGCGCCCUGCUGCCCGGACCUAGUCUGAACCGCGCUGCUGCCAGGCAGACCUCCGCGCUGGCGGGCUCCCUCUGCGUGCUGCUGUUUCUUUUUCCUUUCUCUUACGCCCGCCGGCCUCUGAGACCUGGAAGAAGGGGGCAGCUUCCUGCACCCCUCCGGAGCCGUCAGGAAGAUGGGGAGCAAGGCCCUGCCAGCGCCCAUCCCGCUUCACCCAUCGCUGCAGCUCACCAAUUACUCCUUCCUGCAGGCAGUGAACACCUUCCCCGCCGCGGUGGAUCACCUUCAGGGCCUGUAUGGGCUCAGCGCUGUGCAGACUAUGCACAUGAACCACUGGACGCUGGGGUACCCCAACAUGCACGAGAUCACGCGCUCCACCAUCACGGAUAUGGCCGCUGUGCAGGGCCUCAUGGACGCUCGCUUCCCCUUCCCCGCACUGCCCUUCGCCACUCACCUGUUCCACCCUAAGCAGGGAGCCAUUGCCCACGUCCUUCCGGCCCUACACAAAGACCGGCCCCGUUUUGACUUUGCCAACUUGGCGGUGGCGGCCACACAAGAAGAUCCCCCUAAAAUGGGAGACCUGAGCAAGCUGAGCCCCGGGCUGGGCAGCCCCAUCUCGGGCCUCAGUAAACUGACUCCGGACAGAAAACCCUCCCGAGGGAGAUUGCCCUCCAAAACGAAAAAGGAGUUUAUCUGCAAGUUUUGCGGCAGACACUUUACCAAAUCCUACAAUUUGCUCAUUCACGAGAGGACCCACACGGACGAGAGGCCGUACACGUGUGACAUCUGCCACAAGGCAUUUCGAAGGCAAGAUCACCUUCGGGAUCACAGGUAUAUCCAUUCCAAAGAAAAGCCCUUCAAAUGUCAGGAGUGUGGGAAAGGAUUUUGCCAGUCUAGAACUCUCGCAGUUCACAAAACUUUACAUAUGCAGGAAUCUCCACACAAAUGCCCCACAUGUGGAAGAACCUUUAAUCAGAGAAGUAAUCUGAAAACUCACCUUCUCACCCAUACAGACAUCAAGCCCCACAGCUGCGAGCGGUGCGGCAAAGUGUUCAGGCGAAACUGUGAUCUGCGGCGGCACAGCCUGACUCACACCCCGCGGCAGAACUUCUAGCGAAGCCCAGGAUCCGUCCUGUGCGGCCGCGGCUCCCUCCCCCAGAUCCUUCUCCUCCCACCCGAGGGGCCCACCCCACCCCCACCCCCACUGACCCCAGCUCUUCCCAGGCUGUUGCCGCACCUGCAGCUCCAGCGCCUUAACUGUUCUUCCGGAGGACUGAGAACUCUCUAGAAAGUCACCCCCCUUGCAACCAGCAUAUAAUAGAUCCUUGUAGAUAUUCACGGCUCAUUUUAGAGCUCUGUACAUAAUGUCGUGGGUCUUCGUCCUGUUUUUGUUUGUUUUUGUAUCUUGUUGGAUGCACCUAGACAUGGAAAAUGGAAACCAAAUUUAUCUUUAAAGACUGUAUUUUCAAAAUAAAACUUUUCUUGUUUCAAUGC